CGUUGGUACCAAAGAGGCGGGGCGGAGCGACCUCGAGAGGCUUUUCCCUAUCACUACGGUGAGUGACCUACGGUGGCCGGCGAGGCCUCCCGAGCCAUGCUGUUUCCGACGCGCCUGAAUGGCUGAAGGAGGCUCCUCCGAGAUGCCUCCUCCGGAGCAGCCGCAGGAUCCGGAGAGCCGCGGCUCCGGCGGAGAGCGGGACGACGACUUCGGGUACGGCCUGUUUCCCGAGAGGAGCCGCGGAGGCGGGAAAAAGCAGCAGUCCAUGCUCUAUAAGGCCGUCUUCACCAGGAACCACAAGUGCCAGGUGAUGCUGCAGAUCGCCCUGGAAAGCAGUCCAUAUGCUAAACUGCUACUUGAUGCUAUGAAGAAUACUGGCUGCACUGUUUUCAAAGAUCGACACUUCUCAUGUGAAGAGUGUGAUGGGUGUGUCAGUGGAGGAUUCGAUUCUUCAACAUCACAGGUAGGUACGGAGCAAUCUGUUGCAGCAUUGGAAACAUCAGAUAACUUGAUGCUUUGACAUGUUAGCAAAACA